UCGAACUGUCUGCUUGUUUUCUGGCUUACAUUAGCCCUUCUAACUCACAACACUAGCUCAACUCUCCGUUCAAAAAAAAAUAAAACCUUUCCGGAAAUGGCACUUUAUUUAAUCCAAGAACAUUUAAGCAACUUAACGUCGACAAUUGUAAUAGCUGAGCAUAGUUCUAUUCCAGAAUAUGAAAAUACGAAUGCCCAGCUGUUGGAUUACAUUCUUCAGAAUUUACAGGGAAGUAUAUCGGUUCAACUUUACGUUCGCGGUGUAUGCCAUCAACCUUUGGAGUACUAUGUAUUCAUUGUAGACUCUACAGAAGCCUUCCGGACACUCUUUCGUUACUUUGUGGACACUCCAUUCGAAAGGCAUUAUCGUUUUCUAAUAUUUCUAACAAAAUUUUCGCCAGGCGGAUAUUUUUAUCAUUUAGCAGAAAUUUUUAAACUUUGCUAUCAAUUUGAUAUCAUUGAUGUGAGUGUCGUUUCGGAUCGUGGAGAUUUAGGCUUCGAAAUUUAUAUCUAUCAUUUAUUUGCGGCGCACCUGUGUCGCAGAUAUUUCCCGGAACCAUUGAUAACAUUCGAUCUUGACCCGGAAAAUUUGCAAUUUGAAAUUUUUCCAAAUAAACUUAAAAACUUGUUUGGUUGUCCAUUUAAAGUAUCGGCUCGUAUUUAUCCUCCAUAUUUUACAUUUAUUGGAAACAAAACUAAUCCUGAGCCGGAAGGAGAUUGGGACAAUAUUUCCGGUAUUGAAGGAAGUUUGUUGAAAUUUCUCGCUGAGACAAUUAACUUUUCGAUUGAUUUGAAACCUUUUCCAAAAGAGAGAAGCUUUUUUAAGAAUAACAAAUCAUCUGGUUGCUUUAAACAGAUAAAAGAUCGUGAUGUAGACAUUAUUGUUGGAGGUUUUGUUGAUUCAGUAGAAGGUCGGUUCGGUUUUUCUCCAACUGGUCAGUACCACAAUUCGGCAUUCAGGUAUAUUGUCCGAGGAAAAAACUAUUUAAGCUCCUUGGAUCGCCUCGCGAAGCCAUUUAGCAAGCAAACUUGGAUUCUAGUGGCAGGUUUUCUGGUCGUUACAAUUGUUUUUACAUCUGUCCUGAAACUGGUUCGACUGAAAAUUUAUCAGAUCAUUUUCGGUGAAGAGAAUCAAAAUCCAGUGACUAAUAUCUUGGCAAUUUGCCUUGGCUACUCGGUUAGCAGAAUACCUCGCCGUAAUUUUGCCAGAUUCAUUCUCCUACAAAUGCUUAUUCUCACCCUUGUGCUACGCAACGCUUAUCAAGGCUCGCUUUAUGAUGCUUUUCGCAUGGAUAAAUUUGCACAAAUCCCAUCGGGACUCAACGAUCUCAAUAAAUGGAACUACACAAUUUUACUUCCUGCAGAGUCCUCAGAGUCAUUGAUGUUUCCAAAUGAACGUACAAUAAAAACCAAAACUUAUGGCUACGAGCCAAGACUUCAAAUGUUGGAAAGAUUAGAAGGAAAAUAUGUUACGGUAGCUUUUCAGGAUAGCUUCAUUUACUAUGUGGAGAGAAACUUGAAACACAAAAUUGAACUUUUGUCUAUCAAAGAAGUCAUUUACAAUUAUCAAUUUGUUAUGUAUCUGCCGAAACAUUCGAUUUUUUUGCCAACUUUUAAUAAAAAGUUGAGAGAUCUAGCUGCUGCAGGAAUAUUGACACAAUUGAGAUUGAAAUUUACCCGGAAUGAUCAGUUUCUUUCAGCUUUUUCAAGACAACAGCAACAAAAGAAGAAACCAUUGAAUAAUAAGCGUCUUUAUGCUGUGUAUAAUAUUUGUGGAGUAUUACUAGGAAUUUCAAUAGUUGUAUUUUGUUUGGAAAUUCUUUCGGUUCGAUUUGUAAGAUUAAAAAGAAUGUUUGGUUGA